AUGGAGGACGACACCGCCAGUGUGUGCUAUAUCCGCACGCCAGAGUACACAAACGAGUUUGUCUCGCGGUUUGUAGCCGACGAAGAGGCGCUCCUGCAGCGCAGCACAUCGCCUCGGUCAAGCAAGCCCACGGCGCGACACAGCUGUGCAAUCCCGCAGUCAUUCGACGACAGCAUGAUUUUUGUGCCGCAGGGCGACUCGCACAUCCCGAGCACGAUAACGCAGCUGUGCAAGCGCUGCCACAAGUCAAGCGCCGGGCUGGUGGAGCGGCGCGCCAGUACGCGGGCAGGCGUCCUGGCAUUGGUGCUGUGCGUGACGUUCCCGCCGCUGUUCUGGCUGCCGCUGGUGUCGAAGCGGUGCAAGGAGGAUGGUUUGCGGCCGUCGUUCCAGAUCGCCAAUAAGCGCCAACAGCAGCUGGCCAAGCGCUCGCUGCCUGUGGCGAUGCAUUCGUAA